GAGGCGAACAACCAACUGCUUCCUUCCGCGCCGCCGCCGCCUACAACGACCACUUCACGUGACUUACCUCUUCUCCGCCUCAAGUGUUCACGGCUCCAUCCUCUCUAGAGUCUAAGCCCAUCUCGCGAAGCCGCUAACGCCGAAAACGACCCUACAUAUGGAGGCGAAGAAGUCGGGUCCCGCCGCUGCCGGAGCCGCGGCGCCGCCGCCGGCUAACGGGUACUUCAGCACCGUCUUCUCCGCGUCGCCUGCGGGGAGCGCAAAUGACGCAAAGCAGGCCGACCUGUACACGAUGCUGAACAAGCAGAGCUCCAGAGGGCAGAAUGGCAGUGGCAUUACAGAUGGCAAAUCACACGGCCGCCCUACUUACAAGGAUGGAAAACAUGCUUAUCCAAAUGACUCGUCAGAAUCCCCUUACUUCGGUUCGUCCGUGCAUUACGGUGGUCGGGAAUUCUACAGCAGCACGUUACAGAAGCAGCCAGCCAAUGAACCCCAGACAAAAUACAAGGAGGACAAGUCGGAUGGCUCUGCUACUAGAGGUGAUUGGUGGCAAGGUUCACUUUAUUACUGAACAAUCUGCUGGGAACUCUCCUUUUUUUGUGAACAAGGAAUAAAAAAGGGGUGGAGCUGAGCUUGGUUUGUCAUAAUAGUGUUGGAACUGUUGAUGCGAGCCGUUAGGCAUGGACCGAAAGUAAUAGCUGUAAUCCGGUCGGUGGAGGCAGUAUUUAGAUGCAUCAUCACACCUGGACAGACGUGGAUGUAGGCUGCGUCCUUUUGUGUUCCUGUUUUCGCUAAGUGUGUUCUUGUGGUUUUAGAUGUGCAGCCGUGCAGUGCUGAACUUACUAAUGAACUGGUAGGUCAGCCUGAAGUAGUUUUGAUAAAAGCAGUUGCCAAAGAGUCUGCAGCUCGCAGGAUCACCUGCUAUAUGUGCGUGUUCCUGCUAUCUUUCGGAAAGAUUUGGGUUGUACAUAAUCUGUCCUUACCCUUCUUUUUUAAAAAAAAAUUAUGUUCCUACUAUUCUUACUUACCCGUACUCUCAGUAUGAUGGAAAAGGAUGAGGUGGAGUUUGGUGGCCCUGUUGUGACUGAGGUGUAAACCAGGCUUGCUUUCUAUGUCCGUUCGUUAUGGACUGGUCACGGUUACUCGCGCUCCGACAGACAGUGUCCUUUGAUCCGAUCAACAUCUGGUGUCCAAUCCUGACACACGCUACUAGACGCCGCAACAAGCGGCAACAAGAGAAACCGCCCUGGGAUGCUACUGUAAGUCAGUAACACACGCUACUACACGCCGCAACAGAUCAUGGUCAGUAUGUAUGGUAGAGAGAUCAAAUGUGUGGAGCUGGAACAUGCUUUUGAGUUGUGAAACAUGGACCUUUUGGUGGGUUUAACCGUUUGAGCUGUAGGGGUGCUGUGCUUGGUGUGGUUUUGGCCUUUGAGAUUAGGUUUCGGGGAUCCAUGAGGUUUGGUCUCGGAUUUGGAUUAUCACCCAAACUGGUGUUCGGGUGGUUUCAUAUUUGAGUUUGGGUGUCCGGCAAAAUUAACAGUGCUGCUGUGUAAAUUUC